AUGGCCCUGGUACGGGGCUCUGAUCCGGUGGCGGGGCCCUCUCGCUGGCUGCCCACGCACGUCCAAGUGACGGUGCUGCGGGCCCGAGGGCUGCGGGGCAAGAGCUCAGCGGGCAGCACCAGCGACGCGUACACGGUGAUCCAGCUGGGCCGCGAGAAGUACAGCACGUCGGUGGUGGAGAAGACACCGGGCUGCCCGGAAUGGCGCGAGGAGUGCUCGUUCGAGCUGCCGCCCGGCGCCCUGGACGGCCUGCUGCGGGCGCAGGAGAGCGACGCGGGCCCGGCGCCGUGGGCCGCGGGCCCCACCGCCGCCUGCGCGCUGGUGCUCACCACCAUGCACCGCUCACUCAUCGGCGUGGACAAGUUCCUGGGCCAGGCCACGGUGGCGCUGGACGAGGUGUUCGCCGCCGGCCGCGCCCAGCACACCGAGUGGUACAAGCUCCACUCGAAGACGGGCAAGAAGGAGAAGGAGCGCGGGGAGAUCCAGGUGACCAUCCAGUUCACGCGGCACAACCUGAGUGCCAGCAUGUUUGACCUGUCGGCCAAGGACAAGCCGCGGUCGCCCUUCAGCAAGAUCAAGGACAAGAUGAAGGGCAAGAAGAAGUUUGACCUGGAGUCGGCCUCCGCCAUCCUGCCGAGCAGCGCCCCGGAGGACCCGGACCUGGGUGGCCUGGGCAAGAUGGGCAAGGCCAAGGGCUUCUUCCUGCGCAACAAGCUGCGCAGGUCAUCGCUGACCCAGUCCAACACCUCGCUGGGCUCCGACAGCACCCUGUCCUCGGCCAGCGGGAACCCCGCCUUCCAGGGCCCCCAAGAACUGCUCACCCGCUCGCCCAGCCGCAGCAGCUGGCUGUCCACUGAUGGGGGCAAAGACUCCACCCAGUCCCCCAAGCUGUUCACCCACAAAAGGACCUUCAGCGACGAGGCCAGCCAGCUGCGGGCUGGGCCCCGGGGCCUCCUGGACCUGCAGGCCCAUCUGGAUUCGGGGUCCCGCUCGUCACUGUGUGUCAACGGGAGCCACAUUUACAACGACGAGCCCCCCCAGCCCCCACGGCACCGUGGCUCCAUUUCAGGCCCCUUCCCAGCCUCUGGCUCCCUGCACAGCGUGGCCUCCCGGCCCUCUGAGGACGACCUCCGGGGCAGGGGCAGCCGCAGUGCCAGCAGCUCAGAUGUGGUUCCCAGGCCGGAGGAGGCCAGCACGCAGCCUGCAGCGCUUGCUGUGGGGGCCGGCCGCACCAGCGAGGAGAUCGAGGCCCGGCUCCCUGAGGGCAAGCCUGUCCAAGUGGCCACCCCAAUGGUGGCGUCCUCUGAGGCCGGGGCAGACAAAGAGGGCACCCGGAAGGAGGAGCGGAAGCCCCGGAUGGGCCUCUUCCACCACCACCCCCCAGGGUUGAGCCGGAGUGAAGUGGGGCGUCGCAGCUCACUGGGGGAGAAGGGCGGGCCCACCCUGGGGACCUCCCCACACCACUCGUCCAGCGGGGAGGAAAAAGCCAAGAGUAGCUGGUUUGGCUUGAGAGAGUCCAAGGAGCCGACUCAGAAACCCAGCCCCCACCCUGUGAAGCCUCUCAGUGCCGCCCCCACUGAGAACAGCCCCGACAGGAAGCCACCACGCUCCAGCCUGAGCACAGCCCUGAGCAGCGGCCUGGAGAAGCUCAAGACUGUCACAUCUGGCGGCGUCCAGCCUGUGGCUCCAGCCCCUCAGGUCGGCCAGGCUGUGGAAGGCAAGAGGCUGAAGGACGGCACGCCUGACCAGUCGGCCCGAUACUACCACCUGACGCAUGACGAGCUCAUUGGGCUGCUCCUGCAGCGGGAGCGGGAGCUGAGCCAGCGUGACGAGCACGUGCAGGAGCUGGAGAGCUACAUCGACCGGCUGCUCGUUCGCAUCAUGGAGACCUCACCCACCCUGCUGCAGAUCCCCGCCAUGCCCCCCAAGUAA